GGCUGCCAUGACGUUGUACGGUGUUGUAGGAGCCGCCCCUUUUUCAGUGAUCAUGGGGAAGAGCCGGGCUCGUAGGUUUAAGGCAGCGGGCUAUGCUCCCACUCCCACUGUCAAAGAAGAAGCAGAGCCCGAGGAUCCGGUGGAGGGGGAGUCCAUGCAUACUGAGGAUCUUCUACAGAAAUUGCAGAGCCCUUGUCCUGAAGUCAGAGAAUUUGCAUGUGCCAACAUCUCCAAGCUUGUCCAGCAAAAACAAGUCAUCCCUUCUUUUCUACAGAAAGAUGCCGUUCGAUGCCUUGGACCAUUGCUACUUGAUAGGUCUAUGGCUGUGCGUGAAACAGCAGCUGGUGCCCUUCGGAACUUGAGCACAUGUGGAGGUUUUGAAGUAUGCGAUGACAUGGUGACCAGAGAUAUCAUGACCCCGUUGGUUGCCCUUUUGAGAGAGUGUUCCACUGGUUUAGAUUCCAACCUGGUGCCGUCAAUGAAUAGCAAAGACUUGCCAAAGAACUAUGUUGAAGAUAUUGCGAACCAGGCUAUUAAUGUCCUGUGGAAUAUGUGUGAAAGCAAUAGUAAAGCUUUAUCAGUCUUUGACAAGGAAAACUGUGUGGACAUUGUUAUCCAGUGCCUAAGCAAGUUCCCGACUAACAUGGAACUAGCAAUCUCUGCAGCUUACUGUCUACAGACAGUCACCGAAGACAACUCCGAAUUGUUGGCCUCCUUGGAUGCUGCCUCCCUGCGGACAUUGGAAUCUGUUCUUGGCAUCACUGCAACUACAAUGGAGAUGCAACUUUUAAAAAGUUUGGUUGCAGGUACUGUUUGGAACUUGAAAGAAAGGAUUCCUCCACAUAGCCAGGCUGACACUAUAAAUGCUAUAAUGAGGAUACUGUCCGAAGUCCUCUCUCUGGAUGCUGGGAAAUUCAUUGUGGAGAUGAAGGAAGUUGAAAAUCUGCGUUUCAAGAUGGCCGAGGCACAAGAAGCUGCAGCAAGCCCUGAAGAAAGCGCCUUGACUGAAGAUGAUGGCAUUGCAGAUGGUGUGAUUAAAGGCUCGAGACCGCUAGAUUUCUCGGAUUUGAAUCCAGUGUCAAAUGAAGAACUAAAGCAAGCAUCCUGCUUAUUGGUGGCUCAGAAAUCUGCACUGGAAAUGAUUGUCAACAUGUGCUGCAGUAAUGAACCAUCUGAUGACGAGUGGGAGGAGCUCUCCAGCAGCGAUGAGAGUGAAUUUAGCUUGGAGAAAUCUCUGGCUGAUGGAGGCCAGCUUCUUACUCCACUAUGCUUGUCUGCUGAAGUUCACUCGGCUCUCCUUGAUCACUUUAUCCCGAAAAAGGUUUUCGAAAAGACUUGGUUUCCUGAUGACAAUGCACUGCAGAUUUGUAAACAGAAUGCAACGUGGAAGCCAUUAAUUACAAAGGUUUACAAUGUGCAGUGCAGGGCACUGACGUGCUUGCAUAACAUUUUGUCAGUGCUGGACAUCGAGAACCUGGGUGGAGCCCCUGCAUUACAGGAACUUUCUAAACACUUGUCACAAUUAGUCUUCACACAGUUAGAUAUUCCAAAGCAGGAUGAAUUUUUAGAAGCUGCAAGCAGUGCUGUGCGAGCGUUGCUACAGACAAUGGCUUCUAAAGGAAUACCACAGUGUAUGACCGCAGAACAAGUUAUGAAAUUUGGCGAGGGUUGUGUCUCUAGCGAUAACACUAGCACAAGGGUGAAUGCUGUCAGUAUUAUUGGGAUCACAGGCAGUGUGCUGGCGAAGAGUGAAAACACAGCAGAAACACUAAAGUUAAUAGGAAGCUUUCUUCUUGGAGUUGCGAGUCAAGAUUCUUCCCUGGUGGUUUCCGGGGGAGCACUGGAUGCCAUUUUUGAUGUAUUUGCUGAUGGUGAUGAAGCGGAGAAGGCUGCUGUGGAACUAAAGUUACAUCAAGCCCUAAAGAAAAUUCAGCCAGCUUUCAAAUCAAAGAUUAGGAAAGAAGGCAAAGAGAAAUAUAGCACAGACCAGUUGUGUGUCCUGGACAAUGUCAGAACAAAUCUUAGACGUUUCAUUUUCUACCUACAAACUGUGGAGAAAAAAAUUAAAGGCUAAUUGAAAACAAGCUGUAUUUUCAUACAAAAAGGUUACUCGUACAUUUGGGACUAUAGAGAAGUGCAUUUCUCCCUUUUGUAAAGCCCAUGAAAGCUUAAUAAAUUAUUCCCUGACUUGACAAAAUGACAUAUUUUCAAAUGUCCUGCAGCAUUGGCCGCCAUUUUUAUAUAAGGUUUAUUUGGUAUAAGUAUUUUUGAUAAUCUCUGAUAUAUUUGGUUCAAAAUACUGUAAAUCGCAUAAUCUUUAAUUGUUAUGUCAUAUGGUUCAGCUUGUAGAACCGAAACCAAAUUACCUUUUAAUCGCAACAUUUAAGUCGUAAAAAAGAAACCUUGUUGUACCUUUUUAAAAAUUUUAUAAUGGUCACUGUCUGCCUAUAAAAUCCUCAUGUCUCUGUGGAGCCAACCCUUGGUUAAUCCAUAUCUCCCUAUACCAGUGAAAAGCAAGCAGUGUUUUUCAGCUCUUGUGGAACUACAAGAUCCAGAAUGGUUUGCCAGCCAAAUAGUAUGUAAGGUCUUCCUGACCUGGCAAGGUAUGCUGGGACUUGUAUUGCCUUUUCACACAGCAACAGAAGUCCUGGUUGUUUAGUUCCACUUCAAAUUUGAAUUUCAUGCAAAACAUUUUGAUCCAGUGCUUUUACAUACCUUUCAAAGUCAUUUCCUGUCUCAUGAGACACAAAUACUGGGGUUCUCCUUUUUUUUUAUUAAUUUUGACAUUUGCUGGAGUGUCGAGGCCUGACCCAGGCCGCCUUGCCUUCUGCAUCUUCUUACUGGAUAGUAAGCAUGCUCAUAACAAUGAUAAGCCAAUAGGAGAAAGAAGGUAGGAAGAGGUAAGUCUUUCAUUCUGCAGGUAAGUGGUAAAAGUUGCUUAUCAGAGCGAGCCUGAUUUUAGGGCUCCUGGUAAAUAAACAAAGGCUUUGAAAGCUAUGUGCAGACACCACUAACUGCUUUUUUUUUUUUUUUUUUUUAUUGUAGACCUGUGACCAGUUUGAGGGUUAUUUAAAUAUUUAAAUGUGCACCCACCUUCUUAAUUGAACAGCAUACUGGACCCAUAGUCAUAACCAUGGAUUAUAGCCAGCUACCUUCAGGUGAUUGGACACUGGCUAAAAAAAACUCCAGGGUAUUUUUUCUUUUUAAUCCUUCCCCCCUUGCUGCACCAAGUUUGCUGCAGGCUGUUAUUCGAGUCCAGGGCUCUAGACCAUCAGUAGGUGGAGCCAUGUCUCUGAAGACUCGUCCAUGGUCAGGAUGUGGACUUGUCCUCUUAAUCCUUCUCCAUAUGUUGGCAGUAACUGGUGCUAAGCCACCUUAAAGCUGGUCCCCAGUGUGCCAGUUUUGAUCCCCAUGGGUUUAAGGGUGCAGAGGCUGUGACACUUUAAAUGUUGUGCAAAUGCCAGUCUAGACAAAUUUAGUGCCAUUUUUGUUCCCCUAUCUGUAUAUUGCGGGGCUUCCUCUGGGCGUGCGUUUUCCUGGUCGGCAUCGCUAUCCCCUGGCACCCACAGAGCUUAGGAUUCUUUGGAUGCCACCUGGGUUAUUGCUUGACACAAGGCUUUUCCUCUGCUCUGCUAUCAUGAGUGCCCCAUUUGGAGACACGGAGUACUGCAAAUGACAGGUUGCAGGGGUAGAGAAAAGAGGUCAGAGGCCCUUACCACUCAGACACGGCUAACAACUUGGUUGGGGGUUAUAGUCUCUCUCCACAGGCUUCUAAUCUUCCUUGUUCUGAUUUCUGCCCUCCUCUGGAGUUUAUCUGUCCCUUCAGGCAAACACCCACCCUCCUUUUAGUACUAGAGAAGAAUACUCUGUUACCAUGUCUGACUUUAUGAAAUUUUAAGUAUAGCCUAUAAAGCAAGAAAUUUAGACGUAUAAAGAUCUGAAUUUGGAUUGUGGGUCACGAAAAGCAUCUCAACUAGUUUUGAGGUUUAUUGCCACUUUGUCAGGACAAUAUCUAAAACCCCUGCCAGAGAGCAAGGGUCGCCAAAAUUAAGGUCCCCCGUGGCAACUAAGGGGGACAUGCAGAUAAAUGAAAAAAUACAGAUCUAGGGGGUCUCAGGAGGUAGGAUCCAGCUAAAGACUGGUGCUUCCAAAACGCAGCAAUUAUUCAUGUGGAGAAAAAACACACACUAUUUCUGUGUUUGGGUGAAGCACUGCGUUCCGAAGGCCCGGCGUCCAUUGCAAAAUCAGAGCAUUGUCCUACCUUCUCUAAGCAUCCCCGCAUUUCCCUUGAGUGUUUGGUAGCACACAUGUAACAUCACUCCCACAUGGAUUACCCCUGCAGGAAGUAACUGAUAAGAAUCAUGGGAGAUGUUGUUUUUAUAAAAACUAUAUCAUUUACAAAAAUGUGCAUGAAAUUAAUUAGUUCUGCAGGAUGCUCUGCAGACACAUUUUCUGUAUAAUGUAGCUGGCUGUACUUUUACUUAUCCAUCAAUAACUGAAGUUUUGAUGCAUUUCAGAAAUAUAUAUAUUUUUUAUUUUAUUUUUGUGUUUUGGGGUCGUUGCAAUACAGAAAUGUUUAAUAAUGGAAACCUUUAAAAAAAAUAAAAAUGUAUUUGUCCCUUUA